UCAGGGCUUAGGAGCCCAUGGGAAAUGGCAGUCCUAAAAGAGGACGAGGGUCUGUGACAACAGGCCAAGAAUUAGAGCUCAGUAGCAUCACAAGAUAAGCAGAACGAGUGCACCUGUCUGUGACUCACUUGGUGCUCCAGGCAAAAUGUACCCAAAUAAAAGGUAGGGGAGAGGAGGAGAGAGAAAGAAAGAAGCAUCGAGGCCGAGCAGCAUGAAGGGGCUCUUUCCCACCAGCAGCCUCUUACUAAUACUGUUGUUGCUCCUAAGCCCAGACCCUGGAGCAGCCUUGCCACUGUCACCGAGCAAUACCUGCUGUACUCAGCUCUACAGGCAGCCGCUCUCAAGCAAACUGCUGAAGAAGAUCAUCCAGGUGGAACUGCAGGAGGCUGAUGGGGACUGUCACCUCCAGGCUUUUGUGCUUCACCUGGCUCGACGCAGUGUUUGCAUCCAUCCCCAGAACCGCAGCCUGGCUCGAUGGUUUGAACGCCAAGGAAAAAGGCCCCAGGGAACUCAACCCAGCUUGAAUCUGGCACUGCAAAGGAAAAUGGGCUGGACCACCUCACAACAGCCAAAACAAUAAAGCAGCAUAGACAGUAA